AUGCAUUUCUCAUCAAUUCUCCUACUCGCUCCUCUUCUGUCGUCGCUGGUAACGGCAGACCAGGUGCCCUUCGUUGGAAAGGCCACUGAAUGGUUUGACAAGGCCAAGAGCUUCCUUCCUAACCAGGGACCUGUGGAUGCUGGUGCUGCCUAUGUUGCUGAGCACAGAGUUGAGCGCAUCAAUAUCCGCAACUGGCAGCGCAAGCUCGCACCCAAGUUGGACACUGAGGAAGAGUGGUUGAUCUUUGUGACUGGUGGAAACAAAAGCUGCUUUGGUCGAUGUGGACAUGCAGAGGCAACCUGGAAUCUUUCGGUCCCUCUGCUUGCUCCAGUUCAAGCAGCCUCAGCAAAACCUCUUCACCUAGCAAUCCUCGACUGCGAUAGGGAUGAGAUCGUGUGCACUGCAUGGGGGACUACCCUUCCAUCUAUUUAUCACUUCGAUGUGCCCAAGAAGACCGAGCCACAAGCCAAGGUCCCUCUCCACGUUGUCCCAUUGAACAUGUCUUCUGCCACUACAGCCGAUAUUCUCUCCAUCCCAUCCGCCACCAAGGCGCGCUAUCUGGACUUCCCUGAAUAUGAAGGGGCUGUACAUCCAUUUGAUGGCUGGCUUGCCAAGUUCAAUCUUCUAAUUCCCUUUGGAUAUGUCAUGUGGGGAUUCGGGAGUACACCAAGUUGGCUGAUGAUGCUUGGUAUCUCUUUUGUCUCCCGACAAAUUAUGAGUAGGAGAAUGGGCGCAAGAACAGGAGUUCCCACUCCAGGCGCUGCUGCUCCGGCUCCUCCUCCGCAAGCCCAAACUCCUUCUCGACCUGCUGGUGGAACACCCCGGUCUGGUGGAUCGAAGAAGAGAAGAUGA